AUGCGUCUGCCCGCUAGGGAUGGAAAACAGGCGAUUUUAGGCGCCUGCGCCUGUUUUUUCAUUCUGCAGACGCCUCACGGCGACCAAAAGUGUAGAAAUGGGCGUGGCCUAAUCUGAGCGCCUGCGAAAACAAGCGUUUUUGCGUUGAAAAAAAGGUGCCUGUUCUUCAUCCCUACUGCCCGCACAAACUGAUUCGAAUAAUCCAAAAACAUUACGAAACACACCGAUAACCGUGUAUUUCCCUGAACAUUUGCAGACGUCGACUACCCGGCGGUGAAUGGCUGGCCGACUGGAUUCGUUCCGAUUCCGAUCCAUACAAUUGAAGAUGCCGGGGAUCAUGUAGGCUCAUCGCUCCCUUUCAAAAUUACAUUACGACUUUCAGCUUCUGGACGUGGACAACUACUGUCCGCUUCAAGAUACCGUCUGGGAAUUGGCCAAGACAACUGACCUCGUGAAAAACUAUUUCAAUAGUUCCAACGUGACAGCUCUGAUGGCCAAUCUGACCAAUUAUUGUGGAGAGGACAUCAAUCCAGAGAACUUGUGGGUUCUUUUCAAUGCGCUCAAAAUUGAGGUGAGUUCCCUCAGUGCUCCAUCGAUAGAUCGCAAUUGAGAGUUUCAGCAACAAUAUUAUCCAGAUCAGUUCAAGACGUUCACUCCUUGGUACUCGGACUCCCUCUUCGAGCAGAUUGAUAUAGUGAAUUCACAAGUUCAAGAUUUUCAGAAUGGAUUGGGGUUGGAAGGUAGGUGCACGGUAGCCUCAAAGUCCGCAAUUUAUCGUAACAGGAGUCGUAGUAAAUGGAAUUGACAUCGGCCGAACUCUGCGGAAGAUUCGUGGCGGGACCCUUGUCAACGAUCUGUACAAUCACAUGAACCGGAAGACGGAAUGCCAGUCAUCGGUGGGAACUGAGUGCACUUACUCGAACAAUCUCAAGUUCUUCGCCUACUCAGCGGUAAUCCAAAUGUUAUCCAUCAUCCAUAGACCACAUUUACCUUCUUCCAGCACGAUACCACCCUCUACGCCCUCUUUUCUUUGCUCGGAGUUGCUCAUUUGGCGGUGCAACCCCGUGGAUACCCCCUGUACUCGGCGUGCGCUCUUCUGGAACAAUGGCAGGAUGUGCAGACGAAUCAGACGUACUUCAAAUUGAUUUAUCAUCGGAAUGAAAACGAUACGCUAGACAAUGUCAUCACUUCAGGUACCGUAAUCUUUUAAAGUUCUGCAGAUAGUAAAGGACUUUCAGGAAUCCCGGGAUGUGCUGGAAAUGAUUACUGCCCGAUAUCAGUGCUUAGAAACUAUUCAGAAGUGUUCCGGCCUGAUAUGGAAAUGAAAAAUGUAAGCUUUAAAAGCUUGACAUCUCAUUUUCCCGGUUUAAUUUCAGUGGUGCAACUUUGACAUCCUCAAGAGCUCCGCCACGUCAUCUCCCUUCGCUGCUCUUCUCAUCUUCGCUCUCUUUUACCUUUUUAUCAGACCUCAAUAA